AUACCCAACACCUAAUAAAAUUUGAAGCUAAACCGAGUUUUAAGUAUUCUAAUUGCAAGCGUUGAAAGGGUAAUUACAACGUCAAUCUACAUUACAAAAAUGUAUAUAGUCGAAUACGUGAUCGAUUUUCAAAUAAAACAUAUUGAAAUAGAAUUAUUUCCACGAUUAAUUCAGUUUACAUUUCUUUCAAAAUAUGAAACCAUUUCAGGGCUUUUUUUAUUGUUUGUAUAAUCUAUUAAUUGAUUCAUCAUCCUCGUCACAUAAAGGGCAAAUGCAUCAACCAUCCUUUUUCUCAAGCUCUAAGCUACAAAAUUACCUUUAAAAGUUCAAUUAUUUUGAAGACACAUAAAAGUUGCAAGAACUCUCUUUUGACGUAAUUCAAGCAUACAUAAGUUGAAAGUAGAGGAAAAGUGUGUAUCAUGGCAAAGUGUGACUGAAAAAGUUCAUAAACCCAUUCCAUGGAUGACGGUAAAUUAAUUAAAUUAUAAAUAAAUGUAUAGUAAUAUAUUGGUGAGGACUGGAGUGAAUGUUGGUGGGUGAAACUCUUUGUUGUCAAAUCUAGUUAUAAUUCGGUCACUACUCGCCGUCGCUACCAUCAUUAUUUUUCAACGGUGACCACCGUCAUAAUUACUUGGAGGGUUGUUAAUGGUGGAAAAAAAUGAUACUUGGUCGACGGUAAUAACGGUGCCGAGAAAAGUACCACCAAACACCUUCAUCAUCAGAGUAAUUUGUCCCAUGCAGAAAGAGAAGGAGCUGGAUUCAGACCAUUAAUUUGUUGAAGUUUCGAGGAUCGACGAUCUUACAUUGUUAAUGGUUUUGGAACCGGCGGCUAGAUCGAUUGACCGGAGACCGAGGACCUCAAUUCCAUUCAUUCACCGAGCUGCUCACGAGCAGAGAACAUGUUACACGUCGACGGAGUGAGGUGACACAUAGUUGUCUCCUAUGCAUAAUUAGAUCGAGAUAUAGGUAGUCAAUAACAAAGGGUGUCGGUAUCAUCUAAAGACAAAAUCUUGGUUAUCAAUAUUUUCUGUAGUUCAGAACUUUGUAGCAGUUGAACUAUAUGAUUCUGUGAACUUGUGAGCUAAUUUUCCUAUUAUUAAGCGUUAAAUAGGUUAGUAAUCAUUUUAUUAACUUUAGUGUACAAGUGUUGCAAAUUGUCAUUUCAUUCAUCAUGUAGUACCAAUUUACUAAAUUUUCUUCCAAUGCUUAGGCACGCUUAAUGCGAGCCAGGCGCUAGGUAAAACCGCAACGCUCGCUUUACGCCAUGGCACAUUCUUGAACCUUGAAAAAUAACUCAAUGCAACAGUUUUCCAUGAUUUAGACAAGGAUUUUCAUCCUACCACGUUCUACUGUUUGCUCAAUAUAUGAAUACACACGUUACAAUCUUAAAUCAAAAUUUAAGGUGAGCUGUAGUCCCUUUCGGAGUAUACGUAGCUCCACCACUAAUGGAUGAAUUAGUUUAAUUGAGCUCAUUGUAAGUUGUUAAAGUCAAGGAGCCGAAGACUAAUCAAUCCAAUAUGAUUCUAAUGAGUGGAAACCGCUUACAUGUCCACCUUUGAUUUUAUGGGAGCCUUGGUAAAACAAGUGUGUAUAUAAAGAAGUUGAGAUUGUGAUCCCCAACAUAUCAAGACCAAAAAUAUUAUAUUCUUCUUCUUAUAACAGAAAUUUGGACGUCUCUCGUCUCGUAUAUGAACCAGGGAGGUUGCCUAAUUAUCUUGGUUUAGGAAGCUGGUCAUAAAAUCUGCUGGAUUGUACUCUCUAGCAGUAUCGUCCCGUCCAGAUCAUUUUUUAUUUUCCGCAUUAAGUCCUUGUCGACAUAAAACCAUGUAUUCCUAUUAAUGUUUAGGGCCCGUUUAGUAUCGUUGUCUGUUUUUGUUUUCUGUUGUGAUUUUAAAAAUUGUGAAAACCAAUAAAAAAAAACAUGUUUAGUUGGGUUUUCAAAUUUUGUUGUGCAACAGAUUUGAGCAACCAGGCCCAAAUUAACAAAACGUCAAAUUGUAGCUUCGGAGGCGUUGCACGCGGGUUUCCCCUUCCAUUAAUUGAUAAUAAUUAUUUUAUUCCUUUAUUCCAUAACCUUUCUUCUUCCUUCUCUAAUAGCGUAUCGUCCUCUUUCUUUCUUCCUUUGUGCGCCGAUCCGGCAAUCCCAGCCGGCGAUCCAAAUCUCACCUGCAGAUGGGCGACCUGAAUGCCCACAGCGCCGACGAGGCCGACGCUCCAAUAUCCUAGAAUCCCCUACUUUUCAACGACACCGACGAUCCCAACACUCACAUCGCCGACGAUCCCCUUUCCCCAUCCCUAUGAUCCCAAAUCCCAAAUCAUAGUGUCAACGACCCCAAGCCUUUCCCCCCUUCAUGCGAUUCAAGCCCACUGUUACUCUUGUCCAGAUUAUGUCCUUUAAUGGGUUCCUGCAUCUCGACUGCGGCAGAGGGGCAGCGGAGGCGAUCUGGACAUGGAGGAAGAGAGGCGAGACGGGAAGGCAAUGGCAAUGAAAAGCGAUAUUUAUUCGUGGCGGAUGUUUUGGAGCCAGCCACCUGUCCCGAGCGGUCGCCGUCGUCGCCGUGGAAGGCCGCUGGAUUGCCUGCCAUUUGGCCGUCGGACAGUCGACGUCUGACACUGUACGGAAAGACAAAAGAAAGAUUGAUUGAUUGAUGUGUACAUUAUAUUGCUUUGGGAAGGAGAGGUUGCAAUCAUGUCUCUGUACUGCUUACUGGAUUCACUCGUUGAAUCUUAUCCGAUCCACUUCCUCUCCUUCCUUUGCUCAUUUUGUUAAUUAGCAUGCGUGUUAUAGUGAUUUGAUUUCUUAUAUUUUGGAUGAAAUGGUUGUUUGGACAUUUUCAAGCAAAUGUGUUUAUAUUAUUAUUGUAUCGUUUAUAUUUUUCAAUUCUCCUAUUUGAAACAAAAAUGUUGUUCGACUUCUGGUAAUAACACUUUUUGGAUAGACUCAUGGUUAAGCACUACUGCACUAGCUAUUUACUAUUAAAAAAAAAAGCUUGAAAAAUACUGUGCGAAGGAAGAAAAAGACGACCAUUUUUUUGUACUGUGGAAACGUGAAAGUAGCAAUGAAUAAAGAGGUAAAUGUUGA